AUGUUUUACCAGCCCGGAGUCACAGAUCACGGUCUAGCCCAUGCUCCUUUCGAGGUAUAUAUGAACCUCUGCUACCAAUUGGUUGGAUAUCAACCCGAAGCAGUUCCUUACGGUGUUGACGAGUUCGAAAGAGUGUCGCAAUAUAUCUCGAACGAGCCGGCUACCCUUAUCAAUGCGCCCAUGGCCAAGGAAUCACCGGUCAAAUUUGCAUGCGGAUAUCACUUCGCCGUGCGGCUACCAGGAAAUCCACCCAUGGGCACUGUUAAUAUCGUAUUCGGGAAAGUGAUUGCGGUUUGUAUCCAGGAUGAAGGAUUGACGGAAGGCAUCCGUUCCCUUGGGCAACGUGAGACAACCCAAGCAUAG